GGAAAAGUUGUCGAAACGGUCGGUCGAUCGAUUGAUCGUCGGGCGAUAGCGUCGAAUGGGCUAGCGACGCACGCGAGUGCCGCGAUCGAACCACGUCGGUCGACUUAAGUUACGUAACAAAUACCGCUCGAACGCCGUGUUUUGAAGCAGCGACUCCAUAGUAACGCCGAUAGAGGGUAGAAAAGAGAAACGCGAGGCAAGCGGCCGCGAGAUAGUAAACCAUUUUCGUUGGUCCUCGAGCGUUUAGACAGCGAUGUCGUUGUUCAAGACGAAAGAGUGGUGGCGAACGAGGUGCGGUGCGAACGAAACAUUCGAUAAGCACAGCCUGUUGGCAGCGCCGUUGUUCGGAAAGGAGAGACAAGAUGUGCUCGUGGUGGGAAGUCACGACGGUUACCUUAGGAUGUACAGUCCGUCGUCGCGAUGGGUGGACGAAACGAAAUCACCGACCAACUACAAGUCCACGGAUUUGAUGAUCGAGACUCGAUUAGACGGUUGCAUCGUGGAUAUGAAGGCGGGAAAGUUCGUCUCAGGAUCGCAAGAUCUACGUUUGGCGGUAUUGACGCCAUCCAAGUUGACUGUUUACAACGUGGCUCUGGUCGACCAAUCCACCGAAUACGGAGAUCGGUGCGAACUGAAGAUCGCUUACGAGCAUCCGCUGCCGAGAUUUCCGGCAUCGUUGACGAUAGGACCGUUCGGCGGCGUUCGCGGCAGAGACUUUCUCUGCGUUCAAUGCCUGGACGGGACGCUUCUGUUCUACGAGCAGGAGAUGUUCGCGUUCAGCCAGGUGACGCGCAAUCGGUUGUUGGCCGAGCCGAUCAUUUACGUUCCGCGCUACGAUCUGUUCGUCGCCGCCAGCUCCUCCUGGUAUCUCGAGUGUCACAGGUACCAAAGUAUGGCGGAGUGGUCGAGAAGCACGGAACGAGUCUCCGGGAGCGCGAACGGCGCGGAGGAGCGCGACGCGCCGCAUCGGCGCGCCAAUGCCACGAGCCUCGAGCCAGAUUGGACGUACAACAUCGGCGAAGCGGUUCUCGGCAUCGAGGCUGUCACUUUGAGCAGCUUCGAGGUUGGCAUAGUGGUUCUCGGCGAGAAACAUCUGUACUGUCUAAAGGACAAUUGUACGUCGGUCAAGUACGCCAAGAGGCUGGAAUACAAGCCGCUCUGCUUUCGAGCUUACGUUAUCGAACCGGACGGGAAGUUGAUGGUGCUCGUAAUCGCCGACACAAGCACUCUCAUGAUUUACGAGGGUAGCACGUUGAAAUGGUCGGCCCAACUGCCUUUCGCGCCGGUUGCCGUUGCCAGAGUUCAAUUAGAGGUGAGUCCGAGUUGGGCCGAGUCGAGCCAACGCGUGUUUCGCUUAUCGCGAAACAGGGCCGCGCUCUUUGCAUUUCACGGUUACGUUUGGGGACAAUUGUCGUGGCUCGCGAUGUUUACAGCACCUGCAGGGCGUGAUCGUAGUCUUGUCAGCCGAUGGUCGACUGGAAGCCUGCUACUUAGGUUCGGAGCCGAGUUUAUUCGUCGCACCGCCGCUUCAUCCACGGGGUUACGAUUACACCGCAGCGGAACAGGAGUUGGCGGAACUGCGAGCUCUCUCGAGGAAGAGCAAGGAUUCCGGUGA